AUGGGUCAAUCUGUUCCCUCUCAAGAGGUCUCUUUACCUUCUCUUCAGUUGAAUCACAUUCCAGAUGAUAUCAUUUAUCAUGUAUUGACAUUUAUUCCUUCUCAUAGUAUCUUCAUCAAUCAAAUCAUGAGAGUUUCACGGCAAUGGAAACGAGUGUGUUUCCGAUUGGAAAUAUCCAUCGAUUUGCACAAUCGCCCAGCCAACCAUCAACAAUUCAAAUCCAUGAUCCAAUGUCGAUAUUUAAACAAUUUAACAGAAUUAAAUUUACGAAAUACUCAAUUACAUCAUUUUGGCCUUUCCAUUCUUCUCAACUCGAAUCGUGUAAGGAAUUUGAAAAUUUUGGAUUUGUCUGAAAAUACCUAUUUGGAUCAUGAAGGAAUUGAGCUACUUUGUGAAUGUCCAAAUAUUGGAAAUUUAAAUUCUCUUUCUCUGGACAGUUGUUUUUUGGGAUCAAACUCUUUGAGAUUACUUUCUUCAUCUCUCAUUUUACCAAAUUUGACUGAAUUGAAUUUGAGUAACAAUAGCAUCAAAUCCAUCAGAUAA